UCCACGAAAUUUCCUUCUACUUUCGUGGACAAGAGAGGGGGUCAGGGGAGCAUUUGUCAAUUGUUGGUGAGACUGAAAUUGCUGGUUUUAAUGGGUUAACGAGUUGAUGAGGAAGACUCCGCCUUACUUUCCACGAAAUCAACCUUAAUUUACUUUUGCGGACGCGAGGGGAAAUUUUGCAGAGCGGGGAGAGAGAGAAAGAGAGCAUUUCUAGAUAAUGGAGGGCUUGUAUUGGUGAAGCUGGUUGCCUCUUGUAAUGGCAGGCCUAUCCCCAUCCGUACCUUCUCUUAUCAACAGCUCAUCUUGGCAACCAAUGACUUUGAUCAUCGCCUAAUUCUACAUGAAGACUCGGGGUUUCAAAUGUCCAAGGGUUCUUUUGAAGGCCGAAUACUUUUCAUUAAGAGUUAUAAUAGAAAGAUGUCCUCCGCAAAGGACUGGGCCCUAACGGAUAUAGCUAUUUCUGCAAAGACAAGCACUCACAAAAAUGUUCUAAAACUGGUAGGAUGUUGUCUCGAGACUUCGAUUCCGACUAUAGUGUAUGAAUAUGCUCAAAAUGGAGUCCUUGCCGAUCGAAUUUUGUUAAAAAUCAUAAGACAGAUUGCUCAUGUAACUGUAUAUCUCAACACAACAUUCUCCAGACCCAUCAUCCAUACGAAUAUAACGUCGAGAAAUAUAUUCUUAGACCAGCAUGAUGUUCCCAAACUUGCAGAUUUUUCACUUUGCAUUUCAAUUCCAGAGGGUGAAAUUCAUGUGGUAACUGAUCACGUGAUCGGGACUUUGGGUUUCUUGUGCCCUAGCUAUUUGAAUACGAACACGAUAACAGAGAAAACUGAUGUCUAUAGCUUUAGUAUGGUUCUAUUACAAAUUUUAACUGGACAGGAUUAUUAUGGUCUACAUACAUUAGCUUCUAAAAACAUUGACAUGUUGAGGAAUAAUCCUCUUGAAGACCAUGAGAAGUUGAUGGAUUCUUUGAGAAACCGUGCUCUAAAUGAGAUUGUGGAUCCUGCAAUUCUGAAGGAGGAAGGAGGAGCUAGUUUGGAGCCGCAAUUGCAAGCUGUGUUGGACCUUGCUCUAACAUGCACAGAGUACUAUCCAGAGAUAAGGCCGACGAUGGUGGAUGUUAUCAAAAAACUCAGGCAGAUUGAAAGGUCCAUCGCAUGAUUUUUUUUCUCACUUGAUUUGUUGAUGUUAUAAUUGAUUUUGAGCCUAUUUUGCUUGAAAUCUAAGU